AUGAUGUUUUUUCAGAUAGUUCUAUCAAUGUGGCUUUUUGUGUUUAAUCAAGAUCAAACAGUAACUUCUUACACAUUUAACAAGUGUGAGAUCCAUAACACCUUUGGGAACAAAACAAAAGUUCUAUGCUACAAUCAGAAUUUGUUAGAAGUCCCAACCUAUCUACCAACUAAACUUGUGUUUUUGGAUUUAUCUCAGAACAGUAUCCAAAGUCUGGAGAAGAAUGACUUCAAGAACUUCAGCUGUUUGCAAGCUCUCAACAUUUCCCAGAAUAACAUAAAUAAAAUUGAAGACGGUGCUUUCAUUCAUACAAGCCACUUGGAAUUUUUGAAUCUUAGUGUAAAUCAGCUGCAGUUUCUCUCCAGUUCUAUGUUUGAUGGACUCAUGAACCUUACCACCUUACUACUUGCCAGAAAUAAAAUAUCCAAGAUCAAUCCUUCUGCCUUUGCCAACUUGGAGAAUUUAAAGUGUUAAUCCUGUGCUAUGGCAGGAUCCACUUGUCGACAAAGACAUCUCCAUUUGGGUCGCUCCAGGACAUUUUCAGGGCAACGCCC